CGAGCUUGGGAUUGAGAUCCUGUCACUCACUCUUUCUCCAUUCCUUUGAUCUAUCUGCAGAAAUAGCAAGCCAUGAAGCUAUCGCGGAGUCCAUCCCUCACCCGCUUCCUCUCCGACUUCACCCUCGGAUUCUCAGAUGGGUUGACCGUCCCAUUCGCCUUGACCGCUGGGCUCAGCUCCCUCGGCAGCACCGACACAGUCAUAUCUGGUGGUUUGGCAGAGCUAUGUGCAGGAUGCAUCAGCAUGGGCAUCGGAGGGUACUUGGCUGCUCGCGAUGAAGUCCCCCAAGUGCAACGGCCGAGUCAGCAACAAAGCGAUGUCGAUGAUGAGGAGGAGGCGAGAGGGAUGCUCAGCUAUGAUGGGAAUCACGAGACCAUUACCAGCCCAGAGGUCACGGAGAAGUUCAGUGGCGACACAGAGGAGCUCGUACGCCGUCAUCUCGAGCCGCUGGAUCUUCAUCCAGCGAUCGUAUCAAUAAUCCUCACAACUCUGCAAGAUGAACCUAGGAGAGCAGUACGUGUUGCUGCCGGCCUUCAAUCCUAUAACGACAAACUCUCUACCGCGACCUCCGACGCUCUUCCAAUCUCUCCUCUUCUUUCCGGCCUGUCCAUUUCCGUCGGCUACGCAAUCGGUGGUAUUAUUCCACUUUGUCCGUACUUCCUUGCUAGCACAGUUGGGAUGGGCCUGCGUUGGAGCAUUUGUCUCUGUCUGAUCGCUUUGUUCACAUUCGGAUCAGGGAAGAGCUGGGUACUUAGAGGCCAGGGGAUGGGUUGGCGAUGUAUCUGGGAGGGCUUGCAGAUGUUAAUAUUGGGGAUGAUGGCAGCUGGAACGGCUGUUGCUUGUGUGAGAUUAGUGGAAGGGGGCAUGGGGCAGACAGGAUGAUGAAGGCAUACACACUCGGACGUUACGGCGCUGCUUUGAACACCACACCUUAGGUUAUAUUUGCU